CUCUCUUUAACUCUUACACUGAAACAAAUAUUUUAUUUUUUAAAAGAAAAAUAAAAUCUUGACAACCCAAAACUCACCUCUUCUUAGCCUCUUGGUCUUCUUCAAAAGGGAAUUCCCUUUAUCAUCUCCACCACAUUCGAAGGGAACGUUACAAGAUCAUCAAAUUUUCGUGUGUUAAUUAAUAUAAGACCAGUUCUCUAGCAACAAACCUUUCAUAUACAUUCCCACUAUUCUUCAUCACGCUUGUCCUUCACUCAACCUACUUUAUAUAAUUUCCUUCACAAAGUCUUAUUAUUGUGUAAGCUCACGGUCAUGGCUACAAUGCAACAUCGUUCAUCAUUUGUUACAUUGGUGGCACUCCUAGUGGCGAUUCUUUUUGUUGACCCAGCAUCCUCAACAUCCAGAAAAACUCUCAAGCAUCACACAGCUUCUUCACACUCUCACCCAAAUGGGUUUAGAGUCACACUUCGUCAUGUUGAUUCAGGUAAAAACUUGACUAAACUAGAGCGUGUUCAACAUGGAAUGAAGCGUGGAAAGAGUAGGCUGCAGAAGCUGAAUGCAAUGGUGUUGGCAGCUUCAACACAAGAUUCUUCACAAUUGGAAGCCCCUAUACAUGCAGGGAACGGUGAGUACUUGAUGGAGUUGUCCAUUGGAACUCCACCAGAGGCUUACCCUGCGGUUUUGGACACUGGCAGUGACCUUAUAUGGACACAAUGCAAGCCAUGCACCCAAUGCUACAAGCAACCCACACCCAUUUUUGACCCCAAAAAGUCCUCUUCGUUUUCGAAGGUCUCGUGUGGAAGUGACUUGUGUAGUGCCUUACCUUCCUCAACUUGUAGUGAUGGGUGCCAAUAUGUGUAUUCAUAUGGUGACUAUUCAGUGACACAAGGUGUUUUGGCCACUGAGACCUUCACUUUUGGGGACUCUGGGAACCAAGUUUCGGUUUACAACAUUGGUUUUGGUUGUGGAGAAGAUAAUGAAGGAGAUGGUUUUGAACAAGCUUCAGGGUUGGUUGGGCUUGGGCGUGGUCCUUUGUCCUUGGUUUCUCAGCUUAAGGAACCCAAAUUCUCUUACUGUUUGACCUCUAUGGAUGACUCAAAAACCAGUCUUUUGUUGUUGGGGUCUCUUGCAAGUGUGAAUGGCACACAAGCAGCAGUCACAACCCCUCUUCUCAAAAAUCCUAUACAACCAUCUUUUUAUUAUCUUUCUCUUGAAGGUAUCUCAGUGGGUGACACUAGAUUGUCCAUUGAAAAGUCCACCUUUGAUCUGGGGGAAGAUGGUAGUGGGGGUGUGAUAAUAGACUCUGGCACAACAAUUUCCUACAUAGAACAGAAAGCUUUUGAUGCACUCAAAAAAGAGUUCAUAUCUCAAACACAACUUCCUGUGGACAAAUCAGGCUCAACUGGGUUAGAUGUUUGUUUCACUUUGCCAUCUGGGUCAUCCCAAGUGGAAAUUCCCAAGUUGGUUUUCCAUUUCAAAGGUGGGGAUUUGGAGUUACCUGCUGAGAACUACAUGAUUGGUGAUUCAAACUUAGGAGUGGCUUGCUUAGCCAUGGGAGCUUCCAAUGGAAUGUCCAUCUUUGGCAAUGUUCAACAGCAGAACAUUUUGGUGAACCAUGAUCUUGAGGAGGAGACCAUUUCUUUUAUCCCUACAUCGUGUGAUCAGUUGUGAGCGUGCGUGAGAUAUACAGUAUAAUACACCGAUCAAUAUGUCUUUUAUUUGCCUUGUUUGUUUAAUUUUCUGUUGCCAAACUCAUAUUGUUAUGAUUGAAUUUCCUAGUUGUUUUAA